AAUGCAUUGAAGUAGAGGCUUAAUAUUGGAAUGCUCUAUGUCUAUACCCAAGCCUCUCGUGUGUAGGAUACACACAGGAGAUACCCGGUUGCAGCAAACAUUUCUGUCUGAUGGCUCGUACCAAGCAAACUGCUAGGAAAUCUACAGGAGGAAAAGCUCCUCGCCGCUUGUUGGCGGCCAAAAGUCCCAGUCAGUUUAGAGCUUUCAUGACGGGUCGUCAAGCAUCAGGAUUUUCGUCAAAGCGACCAACGUCGGGUGCAACUUCUUCAAAACAAGAAAAGAAAACCUCUUAUUUGAAUUAUGAAAAUAUGUUUUACUGCUAUGGAUUUGCAACGGGAAAAGCAACCACAGUUCCGUUUGAACCACGAUUUGCAGCUCUUACUGACAAAAGUCCGUUCACCAAUGCAACUCAGCAAUGGGUUGGCAUGAGUCUCAACUCAAUGUACGACGGGAAAGGAAUGGAGAAACACAAAAGACCACGCCUCAAUUUAGUAGUUGUAUUGGAUAUUUCUGGAUCAAUGGGCAUGGCAUUUAAUGAAGACUGCAGCGAUCAGAAAAUUGAGGUGGCAAAGAAUUGUUUGUCUGCUCUUGUUGAUCAACUUGGCAAAGGAGAUAAGGUGGGGCUUGUUUUGUUCAAUCACAACGCUCAUGUGGCUGUGAAAUUGACAGAGUGGACAAAAACACAUGCUGCAAAAAUCAAGGAUACGAUUAAGAGUCUGAAGGCGGGUGGUAGUACUAAUCUCUCAGCCGCAGCUCAAUGUGCUACUGAUCUGUACAAGACUGCAGGUGAAAGUACGAAAUCAUCAAAUCGAAUUAUCUUCCUCACAGAUCUCAACUCAACGGUUGACAGUCACAACGAUGAAAAACGGCUGCUAGCAAUGCUGCAAACGAAUUCGCAACAAGGGAUCUACACGACAGUUGUUGGAAUUGGAAUGGACUUGAAUGUUGAACUGGUCACUCAAAUUAGCAAAACUCCAGGAGCAAAAUAUUGUAGUGUUGACUCAGCACACGAAUUUGAAAGGAUUGCCACCAAGGAGUUUCCGUAUGAUGUCACUGUGAUCGGUUUUAACAUUCAAAUGAAACUAAAUUCAAAGGAGUACGAAUUUGUCAAAGGAUUUGGAUCUCCAGAAGUGAAUUCACUAAAACGUGGACAGCCUAUCAAAAUAUCUUCCGAGUUUCCCUGCAUUCAUGAUGACAAGGGAGAAGCCAAGGGCGGAAUAUUUCUGUUCCAGCUUGGAACAAAGGCAGGUCGUGAACCAAAAGAGAAGGCCAUAAAAAUUGAUGUAUCAUGGGAAGACACCUCUGGUAUUGUACAUGAGAAGACUUGCAUUGUGCCACUUGGUGUUAACAAACAGGAUCCAGGAACUCGGAAGGCGGUUGCAUUAGUACGUUAUGUUGAUUUGCAUAACGAUUAUGUCCUAGAAGAAGGAAAGCAUCCCGUCAAGUAUGUGGAACUGUUUCAGAUGUUCAAAGAUCAUUUUAUUGCUGAAAUGACAGCAGUAGGAGACACAUCAAUUGAUACCAACAACAAGGGAGACGUCGAGCUGUUAGACAAAAUCAUUGAACUUGAGUCAAAAAAGCCUCCAUCUCAAACAAGCAAGAGCUCCACGGCAAAACCAGACACCCUCGGGUCUCCACAAGCUAAAAAAGCAAGACCAUCCACAACCAGUCGACAGAAACAGGUUGUCACCACAACCACACUGACUGCAAAGCCAAAGUCACUAGCGCGUGGCGUGAAAGGCAAAUCCACACUCACACUUACAACCGCCUCAAGUGGUACAUUCAGAAGAAGCACUCGCAUUCGAGAUCAGACGGCACAAGGUACAACUACAGCCGUUACCAAAGUGUCAGCAACAGACACUACCGAUGCUAGAAAAUCACAGCGUGCAAGUCGUAAACGGCCUCAGUCUGCUGGUUCACGUGCAGCAAAGCGCUCUCGCACCAAAUGA